AUGGGCAACGUGCUUACCACGGCCGCUGGGGUUGCCGUCACUAUGGCACUUGGUAACCCACUCGGUGCAGCUAUAGCAGCUCCAAUCCUUGCACUUUUUGGGUUUCGUGAUACAGGAAUCGGUGCUGGUUCUAUGGCCGCGUUUUUGCAGAGCGCUAUAGGGAAUGUUGCUGCCGGAGGUAUUUUCGCUGCUCUGCAAGCAGCCGGAAUGGCUAGAUAG